CACUGCCCCCGGUUCCACCAACCGCAAUUUGGAAUAUAAAUACAAAAAGCUUGCACGAACUCUCUUGCUUUCGCUUACCCAUCAAUAUUGACGUCAAGGAAACGAUGUACCAGCAAUCUUCAUAUAAUCCUCAGCAACAACAAAAUCGAUACGGAUAUGCAUCCGGAGGAUCAGCACGCAGCACACAAAGCACUUAUGGAGGUUCCAACGCUUCAAGGCACUCGUCACAGCGAUAUUCCAGCCAAGCAGCACCUACUAGUGCAGAUCCUCAACUUUGGCAGUACUUCAAUAAUGUCGAUACCGAUAGGUCGGGAACGAUUACAGUGAAUGAGCUGCAGCAGGCAUUAGUGAACGGAAAUUGGACGAAAUUUGAUCUAGACACAGUAAAGAUGCUGAUGUCGAUAUUUGACGUCGACCGAAGCGGGACGAUAAGCUUCAACGAAUUCGCUGGUCUAUGGAAAUAUAUAUCAGAAUGGCAGAGCGUCUUCCGCCACUUUGACCGAGACCGUUCAGGCUCAAUAGAAGGUCCUGAAUUAUCAGAAGCGUUGCGAUCGUUUGGAUAUCAUUUAUCACCGAACCUUCUUAGAAUGAUAGAGCAGAAGUAUGCUUCAGCUCCUGAAUCAGGGUACGGCCCACCCCCGGGAAUUACUUUCGACCGUUUCGUCCGUGCUUGCGUAGUUGUGAAGACGUUGACGGAAUCCUUCCAACGAGCCGAUGUCAGUCGCAAUGGAUGGGUGCAGCUGAAUUACGAACAGUUUAUGUCGAUGGUCCUCAGCGCUCCUUAAUCUAUUACUUAUUGAAGCUAACCUUGAUACUCAAAACAAAUACAAAGUUAUGAACCAAGAUAUCUGAUGCAUGACUCUCUCACGAUUCUUACAUUGUAUUCAUCGCUGUCAGUACUCGUACAUUACUUUUAUUACUUUUAUCUAAUACCGUUGCCUCCGUAAUCCCAACAUGUGACACACCAGA